CGGCAGGAGGGCAGCGCCGCCCGCUCCGCGCUGCCGCCGUUUGGUGUGUUUACCUGCCCUGCGGGAGCCGCGGUGGGAGCGGCGCAGGCAGCGCGGGGCGGGGGUGGGGGGUCGGCAAAGGAGAGCGGGAGCGACCUCGGCCGUGAGACGAGAAAAUGGCGUCGGCAAAAACCCCGCCUUGUGCGCGCUGCACGGGGGCGAGGGGGGUGGGAGGGCGGGGCUCUCGCGAUGCCUAAACGCGCGCGCGACGCGCACCGCCUAUUGGCUGCUGGGGCGCGCGGGGUUUUUGGGGGGCUGCACCCCGAGAGCGGCCGCGCCCUUCCUCCCCGCCCGUCCCCCCAUCCCUGCCCCCUCCCCGGCAGCCGUGGGAGCCGGGGCCGCCCCGCCGGUACAGCCCUCUCGUCCCGGGAAGUUUAGCACCUUGGUCAUCCUUUCUAAGGGGUUAAACACGAUCCAGACAGUUAGGCAGCCUAAUAUCUCUUCAAUAUUUGUAUCAAUGAUCUGGAUGCAGGAGUUGAAUGCACCAUUAACAAGUUUGCUGAUGAUAGCAAACUGGGAGGUGCUGCUCACUCUUUUGAGGGACAAGAGGCCUUGCAGAGGGAUCUAGGUAGAUUGGAGCAUUGGAGAAACAGCAAUAGCAUGAUGUCUAGCCAGUCCAAUUGCCGGAUUCUGCACUGAGGAUGGAGUAAUGCGACGUGCGAGUACAAAAUGGAAGACAAAUGGCUGGAGAGCAGCCCUGCAGAAAGGGAUCUGGGGCUGCUGGUGGACAUCAGGCUCAAUGUGAGUCAGCACGGUGCCCUGGCAGCCAAGAGGGGCAACCGCAUCCUGGGGAGCAUCAAACACAGUAUAACCAGCCGGUCAAAUGAGGGAGUUCACUCUCUUAACUUAAAAAAAAAUGUCUACAUCUAAUGUUGCAGCAAGAGUGGAAACUUGGCUUUCAUCGACAUGGCAUGUUAAAGUUCCUUUGACAUGGCUGGAAGCAUGUAUUAGUUGGAUCCAGGAAGAAAAUGGUGGUAAUAACUUAAGUCAAGCUCAGAUUAACAGACAGGUAUUUGAGCAAUGGCUUCUUACUGAUCUAAGAGAUUUGGAAUAUCCCAUUUUGCCUGACUGCAUCUUAGAUGCUCCCAAAGGAGAGUUAUCAGGCUUCUACUCUAUACAGAUUGAUUCACUGCUUGAUGUUAGCCAGCCAGCGUAUUCCCAGUUGCAGAAGCUAAGAGGGAAAAAUACUGUAAAUGAAGAAGUAACAGCCAGCACACAGGCUUUCCCGAAGCCCUGGGAAGCAAAGCCUACUCGAAUGCUGAUGCUGCAACUAACUGAUGGGGUACACCAAAUUCAGGGCAUGGAGUAUCAACCAGUGCCUGUCCUUCGCAGUAAUCUUCCUCCUGGAACAAAAAUCACUGUACAGGGUAAUAUUGCAUAUCGUCUUGGAGUCCUUCUGCUUAAACCAGAAAAUGUGAAACUGUUGGGGGGUGAAGUGGAUGCUUUUCUGGAGGAGUAUUCUCAGGAAAGAGUCCUUGCUAGAUUAAUUGGAGAAACUGAAAACCCUAGUUCUGUUGGACAAGCUGGUCACAACCAAACUGUUUCAAGGCCUGUGGAUGAAUUAGAACAAACUCCAGGCCCUUCGGAUGAAGAGCUUUUAGCCAGUCUUGAUGAAAAUAAUGAAUUUAGUUUAAACAACAGAACAUCUUUAGAAAGUGGAUACUGCAGUAGAAGCAACAAUUUUAGUACAGCCUCAGGUUCACUAACCGCGCACAGUGGAAAUAUUUUGCUAUGGGAGUCUGGAGGUCCUUUGCCUCAUUCAGAUGAACGAGUUUCACCUCCCAUAGAAUAUGUCGAUGGCUUUCCUUUAGAAGAUGACUUUCUUUUGGAAGAAGAGAUGCAAAGAGAGCUGGAGGAAGUGCCACCAGUAGUCAUGAACAGAAACAUAGGUUUAAUUACUGAGAGAAUUCCACACACAUCUAGGAGCUCCUGCAAUUCAUCUUUAAAUAGCAUUUGUGAAAAAGGCGAUAUGAAUGAAAGAGACAAGCCUGUAGAAGCUACCAGCAAGCAAAAGACUUUUGGAAGAACAGUAUCUGAUGGAGAUGGAAAUAGUAUGAGUAACUUUUCACGGCACAAGAGUGUACAUCAGACCUGCAGUUCUGCAGAUUUUUCUUUGGAAAAUCCUCUUGAAGAAAGGCAGAAUGACACAAACCUAGAGGACAGCAGAUAUAAAUCCCAGCACACUUCUGACAGCAGGCUGUUAAAUGAUGAUCCUGUAUUUUUCUCAAAAACAGAUCCAGAAGCAGAUCAGCAGAAGCAUGAUUCACUGACCUUUCCUUGCAGAUCAGUAGAGGCACAUCUAGAUUUAGAUUCUCCACCUUUCACAUAUAUUUCCCUUCUCCUUGCAAAAAAAACAGAAACUGUUAGAAUUCUGAAAGUUAAAUGUUUUAUUGUUACUCUCACUGGAAACCUCACAAGCAGCAAUGGGUCCUGGGGUAUAAAGGCAAAAAUUUCUGAUGGUUCAGCCUAUCUUGAAGUAGAUUUUGCUGAUGAUAUUCUAACAAGUUUGAUUGGCUUUUCAGUGCCUGAAAUGAAUAGGCUGAAAAAGGAUCCAGCUUUACAUCUGAAGCUUAAGGAUGGUUUAGAGAAAUGUCAAAAACAACUGAUAGAUCUCUGUUGUUUGAUGACUAUAGAGUUUAAUCCACUUCAGUCAAAAGCCACUGUGUUACUUCUCCAGGAUGCUGAUGCAAGGCAUCUAGAACAAUUGAAGAAACGUUUGAAUAAAUAAGGUGUGCAAACUUGCAGACUGUAUAUUGGGGAGCAUUUAAGUCAUAUUUCCCCUGAAGGACUGUUGAAAGUUAAAGUUUAAAGUUAAAUGGUAUGUCUUUUAUCAGAAAAAAUAAUGGAAAAAUGAGAUGAGGAGAUGACUUGUUGUAGCAAAACUUAGCAGUUUGGUUGUUAUGGUGAUAGUAUUGAAAUAAACUUUCAAAUAUUUCUGUUUUGAUUUAAAAUACUCUUGUAUUGUUUUCAUUCUGCAAAAUCCUCAGUGUCCUCGACUGGUGAUCUGGAGUAGCAGAAUUUGUCAGGAAAUGGGUAACAACAAAAAAUUAUCUUGUUAUUAUACUUUUUCAAGGAUGAUUACUUAUCUGAUUUUUAAAAGGUAGCUACAGGAGACUGUUAGUCUUUUCUUGGAGGAAAGCAGUUGAAUAAAUUUAAACAAAAAAUUAUUGUUUAAAUGCAGUCAUUUCUGACUAUUCCAACCUGAAAAUUCGAAUACAUAUUCAGUGUGCAAGAACCUGAAGUGUAGAGAAAUGAAAGAUUUUCUUCUAAAUGUUCAAGGGGAGGGGGGAAUACCACCCUAUACAUAAGUGAGAUUAAAAGCUGUAUAUCUUUUUAAACAAUUUUUUAAAGUGCCAAAUAUUUUUAAAUCUUUUAUUAACAGAAUAGAAUGAUUGUAACAUGGGGAAUCUAUUUCUUGUCAUGUUAAUGUUAAUCAUUACUAAUAGUUUUGAACCCACAGGCAAGGCCACCUUGUUUAUUCUUAUGAUUACUUGUCUAACCUUUUCAUAGCGUAGUCAAAACUUUUGCUACAAACCUGUUGUAUAUGUAUAUUUAAUGUUGGUCUUAAUUUUGAUUGAUUUUUUUUUUAAUUUCUGCUUUUAGAACGUAUAGAAAUAAAUGUAUUAAAACUUUAAUUUAAACUUUGGUGGAAACUGUUUAGUCACUUUAAAAGAAAAAUAUACACCUUGUUGAGUGUAUAGAGUAUCAGAAUUGGAUUAAUUGGGUUUUUUGUUCUUCCUUUUCCUUCUUCCCAUCUUUUUCCCUUCUCUUGUGUUGUUUGUUUUUUUUUUCUUUGAAAUUAGAAGAAUUAAAAUUCUAGUAGGAGUAGAGGACGAAUGACAGGAGAUGUCUGCGCAGUGUUGAUAGUGUUUCCAAAGAAUGUAAAAUUGGUAGCCAGGAGAGGGCUUUUUCAAUUGGACUGUCAGCAUCUUUUCCCAAAGCCUUUUCUUUUCCUGAACAAUGUCUAUUAGACUGUUGGGAAUUGCUGUGAGAGACUGUCAGCGUUGUCCUACUGCCCCGUCCCCAACUGAGAAGCAUCCUUUGAGACUCCAAAUGGCCUAAGGAAAACUAGCGGUAAUUUGCUAAGUAAGGUAAAAAUGGAGGAAGAAUCAUGAGCUUUUCCAGGCUCAAGGCAUGAGCUUUUUUUAGGCUUUAUUUUAUACAGUUUAGAAAUGCAUAAAUUCCUGUGUCCCUGUCCUUGCUCUCCUCCCCUUUCCCUCCCGGCUGUGAAGAGAACCUGAGCAAACCAUAACUCUCUGAGUCGUCUUUGGGUUUAUUUUCUGAGGCUGUUGGGAAUUGCACAUUGUUUAGAACUGCAGCAGCUAAAGCUUUUGCUUGUGUGGAAUAUAUAUUGCUGGAUCUUCAGUUACAGUAAAAAUUGCUUGUUUGUAGGAAACUGGCCAAGCUUCAUCUCAUAUAAUCCUUGUAAAAGGUAGUACAGCUGACUGUAAACCUGUAGUGCAGUUUUCUGGAAACACUUCUUUUAUGGUGAGUUAUGGGAACUUCCUUUGAAGUUUUAGCCUUACCAUACAAACGCAUAGGAAAGUUUAAAGUUCAAACUAAAUGAAUAAUCCACAGAUUUUAUUCUACUUGUACAAAGCAAGAGGAAUGUCACUCAAAGGAAGCAAUCAAAUUAAGUGUUGUUUUUGUUUCAGCUGAUGCAGUCACAGGGGCCCUUCUUUUUCUGCAUUUGUGUUAAGGUUUGGUCAUCACCUAAAAAGUUCAUGCAUCUUCCGUCCUCUUCCCUUCCCCGCCCCCCCCCGGCUACUGCCUUAAAGGCACUGUUAAUUGUCUGACUUUUCCUUCUCCCCUUGCCCCCAUUGUGUCGUCAUUUUCAGGAUGUUCUUCGUGAAGGGAUACUCCUGUGCCUCUUCUCCAUGGCAAGCAAGAAGGUAAAUCUCAGUACGGCUAGCUGUUUAGAGCUUGACUGCUCUGUAGAUAUUUCAGUGCAAUUUUCUAGCAUAUAUUGAUUUCAGAACUAUGUUUAAGCUUUCAGAAUCAAUGAAAAGUAUUGCAUAGUUUUUCAGACAAGAACAGGAAUGAAAUAAAAAUUAUUUUGAGAAAACACGCUUAGUUAAGAGCAGUGUGUCAAACAGAAAAUGGCAUAUGUGGCCGUGUGUAGCCGUCAUUGGUUCAUGCCUGUUCACUUUAUUGCCUCUCAGAACCAACUUCUCUAUUACUAGUCUUAAAGCUUUUGUGCUGCGCGUGGGUAAUUUGUGUGUGUGUGUUGCCUCAGCGUGGCAAGCAGUGGUGUGUGUCGCAGUCCUUCAGGUGACCAGACUUCUUGCAGGCUGAAUUCGGAGAACAGUCUGCAACCCCAGCUGACGGCGGUAGUGCCGGGGGGCAGAGGUAUGGCCACACUCCUGCUGGGGCGUGCAGAGGAAUUCCUGUGCGAGCUGCAGAAGGCAAUUGUCGUGGCAGCUGCUCUCAUGAAUUUCACGUAGCCUUCUAGCAGAAAGCAGUUCCUGCUCUUUCUGUCCUCUCUUCUCCGUGUUGUUUUACAAACUCACUUCUUGCUAACAUUCUUUCAGCUGCUAAGUAGGCUUCCGCGCCUGCAGCGUAUCUGACUGUGUGCACUUUUGAAAGCUGUAUUGUUCAGGAAUGUUUUCAUAUUAAUGGGAAAAAUAAACCGUAUUUUUUCAUUGCUAAUCACAAUGGAAACUUCUGACUAAUUAAGUUGAAAAGUAUGAAACCUACAAUGUUUUGGAUGUUGUUAUAUUAAUGAUGAAAGUUUGCUCUUCCUGCCUUUCUUACAGUUAUUAAAGAAAAUGAAAACAAUAAAUUGAUUAUGGUGGUGCCAGGUACCAGGUGCCAGAAUAUCCCAUUUAAAAGCUUUGUUACUAAGGCAAGGCAGUAGAAAGAAGAAAGUUCUCAGGAAUUUUGUUGCACCCUGCUUCCUUUAAAGGUAUUCACUCUCAAACUGUAGAACAAGACAGUGGUUUCACUGAAGAACGUGGCAGGUUUCCAAAUGACCUAGGCUGGCAAGAACAGUUUGAGGACUAGCCUAAUCCUACCGAUACCAGUUUUGCCACAAGGAUGCGUGUCGUUAUAACCCAGCAACUUCCUUCUUGUUGAAUGCAAGCAGUGUCCUGAGGAAGUAACAGCUCGUUGAGAUAAUGUCAUUUUAACGUAUCAGUUAGGAAUAUUAAGGGAUUUCUUAAAGAGUGUGUUGUACUGAUCCAGUACUGUGACUUCACACUAAAAUAAUAAUGUAUUUCAGGUCAUAUCAGUAGGAAAAAUUUUCACAAUAGCUGAGUAUGGAACAAGAUUAGAUAGAACAGUAAACAUAACAUUUCGUUUUAAAUAUAAAGCCCUAUUUCUUAAUGUCUUGCUGUAAUGCCAUGCAUUUCUGUUUAGAACAAAAUGGAAAUAACUUUUAAGCUUUUUGUUAUAGGGAUGGAAGAGUGAUUUCUAGUACAGGACUUCCGAGUUAUCUGGUGGCAAGCAAACUUAAAUGUAUUUACCUGGGAGGAAAGGGCAAAAUGGACUUUAAGAUGUAAAUAGUACUGCAUUUCUGAUCCAUUUGUCUGUAUUAUGGUCCUAGAAGGAACAGAAUGCCAACAGUAAUGACAGCAAAUGAGAUGUUAAGGGCAGCCCGACAUUGCAACUCUCUUUAAUUCACCAGGAGGUAGAAGUUUCCAACAAAUCAGCUUCUCAUCUACAUGUAUGUGUGGCAUACUCUUGCAUCAGUGUGUCACUUUUUAAUCUUUUCUUUCCUUAAUGUCCUGGUUUGAGGUAAAACAAACCCAAUUUUCUUUUCAGUGAUUUUACUUUUCAGUUAAGCUCUUCUAACUAACUGCACUCUCUGAAGUUAAUGGUAUGUUUUUCAGACAGUGUCGGCUGCUAGCGGUGAUAAGGCUGGAUGUUUGUAAUUCAUACCAAGGAACGGUACCCAGAGAGGCUCCUGCUUGUAUUAAUUUCUGGAACACUCAAGGUCAGGUAACUUUGUUGUGUGCCCCAUUGGAGGGUUGAAGUGGGAGAGCACAGAGGGGUCCCACCUGCAGGGAGGAGCGGACAGGAUGGGAGACCCAUAACUGACCCACGGGGUAUUCCAUCCCAUCGGCAUCAUGCUCGGUAUAAAAGCUGAGGGAUCAAAGGGUCAGCUCUUUCUGCGAUGGCCAGCAUCCAAGGAAGACUCUGUUCAUCUGCUUUCGAUCCCGAUCCCUGCAUUCCUGAAUCCAUAUCCAAAAUCCAGUUCCCUUCCAUCGCUGAGUCCAGUCUGGGACUUUACCGGUGUCGUGAUCGUCAUCCUGGGAGCUUGAUAUGGUUUUGUUCAUUCGGUGGCCAGUCCAGCCCAAACCAUGACAGUAUUGU